GUCACCAUGUAAAAUACAUCCAUCCAUUAUUUGUAACAGGUUAUCCUCAUCAGGGUAUAAAAAUACAUGUGUGUGUGAAUGAUUCAGACGUUUGACACUGCAGCUUGAGUAAACAUCCAGCAGAGAGCAGCAGAGCUCCAUACUGUAACAGACCUAAAAAAACAUAAAACACUACAGUACAGACAUGUAUUGACUUUAAUUACAUGAUGAUGAAGCUGAUGAUGUGCCCACAGUGGUUAUUGCUGUGGUUUUGAUGAAGCUCAUGUUUGUGUUUGUGAAUGUGAAAGUGUAAAAACAGUUUUAAAAUGUAUGACGAAAACAAUAAAGGUCUUAAUUCAUCUUAGAUCACCUGGACAGACGAGUCAUCAUCAGAUCAACCAGUAUGUCAUAAAGGGAACCAGUUAGUGUCUACGUGUUUCAUGUCACAGCUCAGGUGAGGAGGACGCUGUAACACCUGACUCCCACCAGCAGAGGACGUGCUGAUGUCACUGCGUGUGUGUGACAGUCUGUUCUGAGCGUGCUCCAUCUGCUCUGUGCAGGACUCUGCUAACAACAAAGUCUAUAAAAAAUUAAUUUCACACCAACAGAGUUUCUCCUCCACGUGAGGUGAUGAUGACACUGUGCUGAGUCAUCAGUGUGUGUGUGUGUGUGUGUGUGUGUGUGUGUGUGUGGUAUGAAUGAAUCAGGGACUCUCUCUUCCUCCUCGUCUCUCCUUCCUCCUCCUCUCCUGUCGUGACGUUCUUUUAGGAGGAAAACACCACAAACAGUCCAGAGAUAUUCUGAGAGUAUGUGUUACUAUGUGUGUGUGUGUGUGUGUGUGUGUGUGUGUGUGUGUGUGUGUGACUCACAGGGAAAUACCUCUGUGCUGUGGUGGGUGGACGGGUGGAUGGAGGGAGGGAUUAAACCGACACAGAGGUAUAAUUACAGUAACAGAGCAGAGGGAACGUAGACUGACCCUGCAAACAGUGUUCAUACAGAUCAGACCAGCAAACCAUCAGGACCACAGAAGACUAAUUGGGACCGGAUUCAAAGACCAGAAUGAGGACCAGAACACUCUGUAAACUCUGCUGAACUUUCCAUUGGAUAUCACCACAAACACCAGUGAACUGCUGGACUCUACUGACUCCACUGUCGGACUCUACUGACUCCACUGUCGGACUCUACUGACUCCACUGCUGGACUCGGAAGCGUCACCCAGAACACAUCAUGUCCUGUCUGUUUGUCGUGGUUUUCUUCAUGGCCAUCGGUCUUCUUGUCAACACCUCUCCAACAGUCUCUCCAGCUCCGGAGCUGGAUGUCACGUCUCAGCUCCAGGAGGGUGCGCUGUCCUCAGACUGUCCGUCCUGUGCUCUGAUGAGGAGGAACUCGUCUUCAUCAGGAGGACAGAGCGACAUGGUGGAGGCGGUAAAGCGUCACAUUCUGAACAUGCUGCACCUGAGCGCUCGGCCCAAUGUAACACAGCCAGUCCCGCGUGCUGCACUGCUUAAUGUCAUCAAGAAGCUGCAUGUUGGCCGCGUGGCCGAAGAUGGCAGCGUAGAGAUCCAGGAGGAGGGCCGGGGCCCCGGGGCCCCUGUUCCACCCGAACCACCAUCUGAAAUCAUCACCUUUGCAGAGCCAGGAGACACUCUGAACACGAUGACCUUUGACAUUUCGAAGGAGGGUGACAGCUUGUCGGUGGUCGAACAGGCAAACGUCUGGAUUUUCCUGAAGGUGUCGAAGGGAAACCGAGCAAAAGGCAAAGUGAUGCUGCAGCUUCACCAUGAUGAUGAGGAGGACUGUGUUUCAGAGAAGAUGGUGGACACGCGUCGCAGUGGCUGGCACACCCUCGGUGUGUCUCGCAGCAUUCAGACCCUGUUGGACAGCGGCAGGAGCUCGCUUGGCCUGCGGGUUUCCUGCCUGCGGUGCACCGAGGCUGGAGCCUCACCCAUCCUGGUGCCCACCAAUUCAGAGCAAGCCGGAGAGCGAGAUCAGUCUCACAGACCGUUUCUCAUGGUAGUGCUGCAAACUCAAGAGGAGGUGACACAACGAAGAGUCAAACGUGGUCUGGAGUGUGAUGGGAAAAUACGUGUCUGCUGCAAACGGCAGUUUUAUGUGAACUUUAGGGACAUCGGCUGGAACGACUGGAUUAUCGCUCCAUCUGGUUACCAUGCCAACUACUGUGAGGGCGACUGCCCAAACCACAUGGCGAGCAUCAGCGGCUCAUCACUCUCCUUCCAUUCAACAGUCAUCAAUCAUUACCGUAUGAGGGGCUACAGCCCAUUUCAAAACAUCAAGUCGUGCUGCGUGCCGACAAGGCUGCGCGCCAUGUCGAUGCUCUACUACAACGAAGAGCAGAAGAUCAUCAAGAAAGACAUCCAGAACAUGAUCGUGGAAGAGUGCGGCUGCUCAUGAACAGAAAACACUUAAGAAACACAUCAUGUUCCUGUAGGAGACACAUUGGAUCAGACAGAGUAUUUAUGUUUCGUGACAAAGCAUCACAAGUGUUUCUUACUGGGAGAGACUCUUUUCCACAUUGGAAUGACCUGAGAAUACUAUGCAACAUUUAUAUCUCUCUGUCUGUCUGUCUGUUGUUUUCUAUUGUCUGUCUGUUGUUUUUGAGAAUUUUAGCUGGAUCAUCUCUGGUGCUCCUGUGACGGAGCACUUUGUUGGUUGAUGAAGUUUAAAUAACAAAGAUACUCUAUCAAUAAGAACUCAGAGGUCAGAGGUCAAACACAAACCUCGGCUCUCUGUGCUCACAGAUUUACUGGAGAUGACCCAACUAAUGUCUGAAUGAAUUUAGUUGAAUGAAGUGAUGAAGGUGUUUGUAUGUCAGCAACCACGUUAAUCUGAACCUGUGCAAUUCUCUGGACUCAUGGUGUCUGCAGCCACAGCAAAACACGGCAGUCGAGUGGCACAUGCUUGUGUUGAAUUGUAUGUUCUGAGUUGUUCUUAGACAUGAGCUGCUUCUGUACCAGAGUAACUCCUGGUCCUCAGCUUAGUGUAGAGUAGCCACACCACACACAUUCUGACCUAACUUCUUGACAACUCAGAGACGAUCUGCUGAUUAAACAGAAGAGGCUGUGGACGUUAUCACACACCUCUCCCUGUGAUCACACCUUAGGGGUCUGUGAUCUUCUUCUGUGGAAAGAAAAGUCCAGAGAACUCCUGAGAUGAGUGGAUGAGCUCUGGUAUUAGAAGAUGGAGUCAGAGCUGAGAGGAAGGUGUUGACCUCUCCAUCAUCUAUGAGUGGAGAUUGUACCUGUGGACAGACCACAGACCAGACUACAGUCUGUUCCAGUCCAGUCUAUCAGUUAGUCCAGCCAGUCAGUCCAGUCCAGUCCAGU